GAAUCCGUCCGUGUUCAAAGACACUAUAUAACUUACCACUAUAACCUCAAAGACUAUAACCUCUUACCACUGUAACCUCAAAGACUAUAACCUCUUACCACUGUAACCUCAAAGACUAUAACCUCUUACCACUGUAACCUCAAAGACUAUAACCUCUUACCACUGUAACCUCAAAGACUAUAACCUCUUACCACUAUAACCGCUUACCACUAUAACCUCUUACCACUAUAACCUCUUACCACUAUACAACACCGCUUACCCCGCCAUGUCACUUACCGAAGAGCCUCCCAGCACAGACCUUAUCACCCUCACCAGACAUGUUCUCAACGACCAGCUGCGUCUCGGUGCAGCAGCAACAGGCGAUCUCACCCUCCUCUUGACUGCAAUCCAGGUCACAUCCAAAUUCAUCGCCACCAAUGUCCGUAAAGCACGUCUCAUCAAUCUCGUUGGCCUUGCCGGCGAGACAAACGUCCAGGGCGAAGAGCAGAAGAAACUAGACGUCCUCUCCAAUGACAUCAUGGUGAAUGCACUUCGCGCGUCGGGAAAGACCGCCGUCCUUGUCUCUGAAGAACUCGACAAUGCUAUAAUUAUUGAAGAACGGUACCGCGGAAAGUACUGCGUCGUCUUCGACCCCUUGGAUGGAAGUAGCAACAUUGACGCUGGUGUCAACAUCGGUACUAUCUUUGGCAUCUAUGAAGUGAGACCAGACUCGAAAGGCACUAUCGAAGACGUCUUGCGGCCCGGGUGCGAGAUGGUAGCUGCAGGGUACACUAUGUACGGUUCUUCUGCCAAUCUCGUCCUUUCGACCGGUUCGGGUGUGAACGGUUACACUCUUGAUGCUGCUCUUGGAGAAUUCAUCUUGACCCAUCCUGAUAUCAAAAUACCUCCCCGGGGGAAAAUUUAUUCAUUCAACGAGGGCAACUCGAUGUACUUCUACCCACCCGUCACCGCUUACCUCAAGUCUAUAAAAUAUCCUUCGACCGGUAACCCAUACUCCGCCAGGUACAUUGGGUCUAUGGUUGCAGACGUGCAUCGCACCUUGCUGUAUGGUGGCAUUUUCGGAUAUCCGGAUGACCGAAAGAGUAAGAAGGGAAAGCUGAGGUUGCUGUACGAGGCAUUCCCGAUGGCAUUCUUGACGGAGCAGGCUGGAGGCGUUGCAACAACAGGCACAAAGCGUAUUCUCGACAUCGUUCCGACGAGCAUUCACGAGCGAUGCCCUGUAUUCCUUGGCAGCAAGGACGACGUCAAAGACGUAAUGAAGUUCUACGAAACCGAGCCAAUUGCUCAGUCGUGAUAAAUUCAAGUUAAAGAUUGAAACUAGAAAACCGAAAGAGUGUAUCACAAUAGUCUUGCUGUCAAACUGCGUACUGUAAUACGUGUAUGAUGAUCUGUAUAGGUGCUUUGAACACAAUUGUAAUUCACAUAGCAACGUUUCAAUUUCUGUUUUAGAGCGAGCGCUGACGUGAGUGGGGAGACAGUCGACAGGAACUCUGAAAGAAGUCCUGGCAGGCUGGGCAAUGCUGUGUGGUAAGACGAAGAGCGAGAACAGCCAUAUGAAAUUUAUGUAUAGUGAGCGGUCAUUACUUGUUGAAAGGAUGUGAUACUUAUACUGCCCCGGCGUGACGGGUUGUUCCGAUCGUUAUGCAUAACUUGGAGACGCCAACAGUCUUUCGAUAAUGACCCCCCUGAAGGUAAUGAUAUCUGCGAGAUGGGUAUCG